UUCCGAGGUGAAAGUAGAAACUUAACUGGGUUUGGCAUGACUGAGCUCUACCAAUCAAAAUCUCCCACAGUGGUUUAACGCCUGAGGGAAGGGGUGCUUUUCUUAUUGCAGGAACACUUAAGGACUGCCCUCUCCUACCAGCCGGACGCUCUGCAGCAUCGGUCCUCUCUUCGUUUCUUUGUUGUGGGCAUUUCCAGACACUCCCUAGCAAAUACAAGCACUUGCUGACACUCCCUAACAAUUUGCUGAGAGUCAUCAAUUAUGCAGGCUCGAUGCACGGACCAGGAAGAAAGGUAGCGGAUAGCGGCAACAAUAUGGCGACAACCGCAGUUUCUGACGCGUCUUUCCGGCAUCGUUAACUGCGUGACAGCUGUACUGGAUCUUUCUACCCCUAGAAAAAAAUCUUCAUGGAUUAUAAAUAGAGUGCUCCGCACUGCAUAAUGAGAAGAUGGCCGCCCCCCUGCUUGCACCUCCAGGACCCGACAGUUUCAAACCGUUCACAAAAGAGACUCUCAUUAACAUUGAGAAGCGCGUCGAGGAUGAGAAAAAGAAAAAGCCUGUCAAGCCCCGCUCCGACAGCAGUCACCGCGAUGACUCGGAGGAGAACGCCCCCAAGCCCAACCGUGAUCUGGAGGCAGGGAAGAGCCUGCCCUUCAUCUACGGGGACAUCCCCAAAGGCCUUGUGGCCACGCCGCUGGAAGACUUUGACCCCUACUACCUGACCACCAAAACAUUUGUAGUGCUAAACAAAGGGAAAACCCUCUUCAGAUUCAGUGCCGCACCCUCGUUGUAUAUCUUUACUCCAUUCAGUAUUAUAAGACGCAUAGCAAUUAAAAUUUUGAUACACUCAUUAUUCAGCAUGAUCAUUAUGUGUACUAUUUUGACAAACUGCGUAUUCAUGACAUUUAGCAAUCCACCUGAGUGGUCCAAAACAAUGGAGUAUGUUUUCACUGGAAUCUACACCUUUGAGUCUCUGACUAAGAUUGUGUCCAGAGGCUUCUGCAUAGAUGGUUGGACCUUCCUCCGAGACGCCUGGAACUGGCUGGACUUCAUGGUCAUAUCCAUGGCAUAUGUAACAGAGUUUGUGGACCUGGGGAAUGUGUCCGCGCUGAGAACAUUCAGGGUUCUGCGAGCUCUGAAAACUAUUUCUGUGAUUCCAGGCCUGAAGACCAUUGUGGGCGCUCUGGUCCAGUCAGUGAAGAAGCUAUCAGAUGUGAUGAUCCUGACAGUGUUCUGCCUGAGUGUGUUUGCGCUGAUUGCCCUCCAGCUCUUCAUGGGGAACCUGCGGCACAAGUGUGUAUACUGGCCCAUCAACACAAACGACUCCUUCCUGGCCAACGGCAGCCGCGGCUUUGACUGGAAGGAGUAUAUCAUGAAUGAAACUAAUUUCUACUUCCUGCCGAACCAGAUAGAUGCACUGCUCUGUGGAAACAGCUCUGACUCAGGGCGGUGUCCUGAGGGGUACACCUGCAUGAAAGCCGGAAAGAAUCCUAACUAUGACUACACAAGCUUCGACUCCUUUGGCUGGGCGUUCCUGGCCCUGUUCAGACUCAUGACCCAGGACUUCUGGGAAAACCUCUACCAGCUGACACUCCGCGCCGCAGGGAAGACGUACAUGCUUUUCUUCGUGCUGGUGAUCUUUGUGGGCUCCUUCUACCUGGUGAAUCUGAUCCUGGCUGUGGUGGCCAUGGCCUAUGAGGAACAGAACCAGGCUACCAUUGAAGAGGCUGAGCAGAAGGAGGCUGAGUUUAAGGCUAUGCUGGAGGAGCUCAAGAAACAGCAGGAUGAUGCACAGGCCGCCGCCAUGGCAACGUCAGCAGGCACGGUGUCGGAAGACGCAGUGGUGGAUGGGGGUGAGGAGCAACUCUCCCGCUCAUCCUCCGAGGCGUCCAAACUCAGCUCCAAGAGCGCCAAGGAACGGCGCAACCGCAAGAAGAAGUGGCGUCAGAAGGAGCAAGAGAAGGAGAAGGGCGACAGCGAAAAGGUGGUCAAAUCCGAGUCUGACGACGGCAGCAAACGGAGCCGCUUCCGCUUCCCCGACAACCGGCUAGGUCGGAAAACCUCAAUCAUGAAUCAGUCUCUGCUCAGCAUCCCUGGAUCGCCCUUCAUGUCUCGUCAUAACAGCCGUAGCAGUAUCUUUAGUUUCAAGGGCCGAGGUGGCGGCGGUGGCAAGGACGUUGGCUCGGAGAACGAGUUCGCCGACGACGAGCACAGCACGGUGGAGGAAAGCGAGGACCGCCGUGGCUCCCUUUUCAUCCCCUACCGCCGCAACAGCUACAGUGGCUACAGCCAGGGCUCCUCACGCCUCAACCCGCUGGCGCCACACUCUGGCGGCAAGCGGAACAGCACGGUGGACUGCAACGGCGUGGUGUCUCUGAUUGGCUCCAAGGGACCCGGGCGUCUCCUGCCUGAGGUGAAAAUAUAUAGAGCAGCUUCUGAUGACAGUACCACUGAGGUGGACUGUAAGCGGAAGCUCUCGGGUUCCCUCAUGGUGUCAGUGGAUCAGCUCAACAUGUCCUUCAGCAGAAAAGACCGGGCCAACAGCGCCAUGACUGUGGUCACCAACACACUCGCGGAGGAGCUAGCAGAUUCCCAGAGAAGUUGUCCGCCAUGUUGGUACAAGUUCUCGAACAUCUUCCUGAUUUGGGACUGCUUUCCGUGGUGGAUCAAGAUCAAGGAGGUUGUGAACAUGGUAGUCAUGGACCCUUUUGUGGACCUGGCCAUCACCAUCUGCAUCGUGCUCAACACUGUGUUCAUGGCCAUGGAACACUACCCCAUGACACCUCAAUUCGAGCAUGUGCUCUCCGUGGGAAACCUGGUGUUUACUGGGAUCUUCACGGCUGAGAUGUUUGCCAAGCUGGUUGCCAUGGACCCCUACUACUACUUCCAGGAAGGCUGGAACAUCUUUGACGGCUUCAUUGUCAGUCUGAGCUUGGUGGAGUUGGGUCUGGCGGACGUGGAGGGUCUCUCAGUGUUGCGAUCCUUCAGAUUGUUGAGAGUUUUUAAGCUGGCUAAGUCGUGGCCAACCCUGAACAUGCUGAUCAAGAUCAUCGGUAACUCUGUGGGCGCCCUGGGUAACCUGACCCUGGUGUUGGCCAUCAUCGUCUUCAUCUUCGCCGUGGUGGGCAUGCAGCUGUUCGGCAAGAGCUACAAAGACUGCGUUUGCAAGAUCGCCAAGGACUGCGUGCUGCCGCGCUGGCACAUGAACGACUUCUUCCACUCCUUCCUCAUUGUAUUCCGUGUGCUGUGCGGCGAGUGGAUCGAGACCAUGUGGGACUGCAUGGAGGUGGCCGGUCAGACCAUGUGUCUCACCGUCUUCAUGAUGGUCAUGGUCAUCGGAAACCUGGUGGUGUUGAAUCUGUUCCUGGCUUUGCUACUGAGUUCCUUCAGCGCAGACAACUUGGCGGCUACCGAUGACGACGGUGAGAUGAACAACCUGCAGAUUUCUGUCAUCCGAUUCAAGUUUGGGAUUGCCUGGAUGAAAGUGCAAGUGCCCCUGUUCGUGAACCGUAUGCUCAAGAAGAACCUGGAGGACGAGGUCAAACCGUUGGACGACAUGUACGACGAGAAGGGCAAAUGCAUCGGCAACCACACGGGCGCGGACAUCGGGCGCGGCGACAUGCUGGAGUACCAGAAGAACGGCAAUGGCACCACCAGCGGCAUUGGCAGCAGUGUAGGAAAGUACAUGAUCGACGAGGACCGCAUGUCAUUCAUCAACAACCCCAACCUCACCGUCCGUGUCCCAAUCGCUGUGGGCGAGUCCGACUUCGAGAACCUCAACACUGAGGACUUCAGCAGCGAGUCAGAUGUUGAGAACAGCAAAGACCUGGAUGACACAAGCUCAUCGGAGGGCAGCACUAUAGACAUCAAGCCUGACGAGGAGGACAUGGCCGUCGUGGUGGUGGAGGAGUAUGUGGACCCAGAAGUCUGCUGGACCACAGAAUGCAUUGCCCGGUACCCGUGCUGCGAUGUGCCCAUCACGGAGGGGUGGGGCAAGUACUGGUGGUGGCUAAGGAAGACCUGCUACCUGAUCGUGGAACACAACUGGUUUGAAACAGUCAUCAUCUUCAUGAUCCUGCUUAGUAGCGGUGCACUGGCCUUUGAAGAUGUCUACAUUGAGCAGCGUAAAACCAUCCAGGUCAUUCUGGGAUAUGCCGAUAGUGUGUUUACUUACAUCUUCAUCCUGGAGAUGUUGCUGAAGUGGGUGGCUUAUGGCUUCGUCAAAUACUUCACCAAUGCCUGGUGCUGGCUCGACUUCUUCAUUGUGGAUGUGUCAAUAGUCAGCCUCAUAGCUAAUGCCCUGGGCUACUCUGACUUGGGCCCCAUUAAGUCCCUGAGGACUUUGCGGGCCCUUAGGCCCCUGAGGGCCUUGUCGCGGUUUGAGGGCAUGAGGGUGGUGGUGAAUGCUCUGGUAGGGGCCAUCCCCUCCAUCAUGAACGUGCUGCUGGUGUGCCUCAUCUUCUGGCUUAUCUUCAGCAUCAUGGGCGUCAACCUGUUUGCUGGGAAGUACUACUACUGUUGGAACGCGACGUCCGAGCAGUACUUCGAACCGGAGGAUGUCAACAACCGCACACAGUGUUUCGAGCUGAUCGCGGAAAACCACACAGAGGUGCGCUGGAAAAACGUCAAGAUCAACUUCGACAACGUGGGUGCAGGCUACUUGGCUCUUUUGCAAGUGGCCACAUUCAAAGGAUGGAUGGACAUCAUGUAUGCUGCAGUAGACUCCAGAAAGGUGGAGGACCAACCCAUGUAUGAGGACAACAUCUACAUGUACAUAUACUUUGUUGUCUUUAUCAUCUUCGGCUCCUUCUUCACCCUCAACCUCUUCAUUGGUGUCAUCAUUGACAACUUUAACCAGCAGAAGAAAAAGUUUGGAGGUCAGGACAUCUUCAUGACGGAGGAGCAGAAGAAAUACUACAAUGCCAUGAAGAAGCUGGGCUCCAAAAAACCCCAGAAGCCCAUUCCCAGACCACUGAAUAUGAUCCAGGGGAAGGUGUUUGACUUUGUAACCCAGCAAGUGUUUGACAUUUCCAUCAUGAUCCUCAUCUGCCUCAACAUGGUGACCAUGAUGGUGGAGACAGAUGACCAAUCAGAUGAGACGGAGGAAAUCCUCUACUGGGUCAAUUUCAUCUUUAUUGUGGUCUUCACCACUGAGUUCGUGCUCAAGCUCUUUGCUCUGAGGCAUUACUACUUCACCAAUGGCUGGAACGUCUUUGAUUGUGUUGUGGUCAUCCUCUCUAUAGUGGGUAUGUUCCUGGCAGACCUGAUUGAGAAGUACUUUGUGUCGCCGACUCUAUUCAGGGUGAUCCGUCUGGCACGUAUCGGACGUAUCCUGCGCCUCAUUAAAGGAGCCAAGGGCAUUCGAACUCUGCUCUUUGCCUUGAUGAUGUCACUUCCUGCCUUGUUCAACAUCGGGCUCCUGCUGUUUCUAGUCAUGUUCAUCUUCUCCAUCUUCGGCAUGUCCAACUUCGCCUAUGUAAAGAGAGAGCUGGGCAUUGACGAUAUGUACAACUUUGAGACUUUCGGGAACUCCAUGAUCAUCUUGUUCAUGAUCACCACGUCAGCCGGAUGGGAUGGACUGCUCGCCCCAAUCCUGAACUACCCUCCUGACUGCAAUCCUAAUUAUGAGAACCCUGGUACCACGUACAAAGGAAACUGUGGGAACCCUUCGGUGGGCAUCUUCUUUUUCGUCAUGUACAUCAUCGUUUCCUUCCUUAUCGUGGUGAACAUGUACAUCGCCAUCAUCCUGGAGAACUUCAGUGUGGCCACGGAGGAGAGUGCCGACCCGCUGUGCGAGGAUGACUUUUCGUCAUUCUACGAGAUCUGGGAGAAGUUCGACCCUGAUGCUUCACAGUUCAUCACCUUCGCCAAGCUGCCCGACUUCGCUGACGCGCUGGAGCACCCACUGCGCGUCCCAAAGCCCAACGUCAUCGAGCUCAUCGCCAUGGACCUGCCCAUGGUCAGCGGCGACCGCAUACAUUGCCUCGACAUCCUCUUCGCCUUCACCAAGCGGGUGCUGGGAGACAGCGGGGACCUGGACAUGAUGCGACAGCAGAUGGAGGAGCGCUUCGUGGCAGCCAACCCGUCCAAGGUGUCCUACGAGCCCAUCACAACCACGCUGCGCCGCAAGCAGGAGGAGGUGUCGGCCAUGGUGAUCCAGCGGGCCUACCGGUCCCACCUGGCGCGGUCUGGUUUCGUCCGCAAACGUCGGAACGCCAACAACAAGCAGGAGAACGGAGGAACCAAUCAGGAAAAGAAAGAGAACACGCCCUCGACCGCGUCGCUGCCAUCUUACGACAGCGUCACCAAGCCCGAGAAGGACAAGCAGGACGAGAACGAGGGCAAAGGACGCAAGGAAAAGGGCCGAAACCAAAAAGAAGUCAGGGAAUCCAAGUGUUAGGCUGCCGCAUCUCCCUGAGACUUUUCAUACCAAUAAUAAUAAGAAUAACAUAAAUAUUAACUUCAAGCAAAAGAAAGAGGAAUUCUUGAAUCUAACCACACAUGUACAGAUACAAUUUCAUUUGCAAGUUAACAAAAAAAAGAUAUUCAAAAUAAGAAUAAGAUACAAAAAAUUGUUUACAGACUUCACAGGUCUAACAGUGGAGAGUGGAACAGUUUCCUUAAAGCUUGAAGACUCUUUAAGACGAAACCAAACAUUAUCUGCUUUUGUCCUAUUUUGUUGCAUCCAAACUCAGACUCAGAAACAAACAGACACAGAGCUGCUGACCUGCAGUGGUGGAGGUGUUCAGAUGGGCGGGUCCGCCCACCCCAACCCUCAUUGGUUCUGGCAUGUGUGUUCCGAGGUGUAUACACCAAUCACCACUCUGCCCUCUGCUCAGCCCAACACAGUUCUGGUGGCACUGAGUGAACAUGCAGACUAAACAGACACUAAAGCUAGAGGAGGGAGAGUGGAGACCUUUCUCUCUUCUCUUUCUCAGAGUCUGAGCUGGCAAUCCUUUGGGUUUUUUUGCAUUACUUGAAGGGCAAAAAAACAAACAAAAAAAAAAAACAGGAAAAUGUGGAGAAAACUUUAUCACCAUCCAAAAAUGUUCCUCAUGAUAUUACAGCAAUGUCAUCAUCAGUAACUCCUCAUACAUUUCUUUGUUGUCAUGAUGUCAGACUUAUUUGUCCAAGCUGGUGCAGCCUACCAGGACCCCAUAAGUACACAUAAACAUACACACACACACACAUAUACAUACACACACAUACACGCAAGUCCAGACUCAUUAAUGGAUUAUUGUGCUUGUUCAAUGCAUAACGAUGAUGCAUGAUGGCAUGCUUUGUUCAGAAAUCUGCAUGAGUAAUCAGUCAUGAGUAGUCAUGAGGAAUCAUAGACCACCAGAGGACGGUAGCGCUCGGCCCGCCACUGGGUGGAAGUCACAGGGCUGGGUUUGAAUUUAGGGCUUUCAGGAGAGGGUUGGCUUUAGGCCAGUUGUAUGACAGUGGCCUGCGUCGGCUCUUCUGAACCAGAAGUUGCUCAAUUGGUCAGUCUGCAGUAGAGGCCUCUUGACAAAUAAGAAAUUAAAGCUUUGUGGCACAUAGAGAGAAAGAGAGAAUGAGAGAGAGAGAGAAUGAGUGAGAGAGAGAGGGACGGAGGGAGAGAGAGAUUGAGAGAUUAUUGCUAAAGACUGUGUAUUCUAAAGCCUUUAGUUUCUUUUUAUGCAGCAAUUUUGUGAAUCAGCUUAGCAUCCCUUGAGAUGCCCUUUUAGAGGGCUGACCUCGGACAGGGAUUGUUGUGUGAGUAUGUGCGUAUGUGUGUCUGUCUGUCACAGUCAGAGAGCUAAUCAGAACUUCAGGUCUACCAGGACAAGCUUGAAGAUGUUAGAAAAAUUCAGAUUGUCUGGAAAGCUUUUUUCUGUUUUAACUCUGCUGCUUUGCAUAUGCUCUCUGUGGUGGCGCUGUCCUGCUGGAUUCAUCUGUGCUUUUAAUGAAGACGUCGUAGGGUGUGGAAGAUAGAGAAUGUGUGGUCGGAGCAGAAAGGGAGAGUGUCUUUCAGUGUCUCUCAAAGAGAGAGUUUUCAUUAUUUGAUUGUCAUAGUUAUAACAUUCUCAUUAUGUUGUAUCUUUGUGAUUUAUUUUUUUCCGGGUGGAGAGUAUGUGUGUGUUGAAAGAUGCUAACAUUCAAAUGUUGUGAAAUGUCGAGAUGUGUAAGUGUGUGUUAUAAGGCACUCAAGGUUGUGUGUUUGUGUAUGCUGUAAUGUUUAGACAGACAGGUGUAUUGUCGUAAGGUACAGAGGGAUAUGAGUGAGAGACAGGUGUGUUGGAAGGUGAAAGAGAGUAUCAGGGGUAGCACCCUGCACGCUUAGAUUCAGGUCCUUCUCUUCAAACAGGGGGCAAAAAAGAGAAUUUGCUGGAACACCGUCAGAAUCCUGGAGCUGCUUCCUAUUGUGAUUUCAUUCCUGACUUCUAUAGGUCCUUCUCUCUUCCUCCAGUUCCUGCUGCUGCAUGACAGAGUGUGGGCAUACACAUGAACAAAAAAAAAAGAACAGACAGAAAGAAAGGAAAAAAAAAAGACAAAACUCAAACUGAAAAAUCAUCACUGCUUCCCUCUUACUGAACAACCAUUCACAUUCAUUAAAAAUAAGUAAAGCAAAAUCAGAACCAGUCAUCACAAAAUAAAACCAAAUGAUAAAGACAAACAAUAUAAAAAUGUACAGUACAAGCUAUAAUGUAAACGGCACAAAUGCUAAAAAGUUAAGAAUGAACUUUUUAAGGGACUAUAAAUAAUGUAAUAUAUAAUUUUAUUUUAACAGCAUGCUUAGAUUUUGUAAAUACAGAAGUGGUUAAAAACUAUUGCUAUUAAUCUAAUCCAGCAAAGUACUCCUAACCCCAGCAGACUGGCUUAGAGCACUUGUGGCUAGUUUGGAAAAUGUUUAGAGGGAUUACAUUUGAUGAGACACUUUAACUUUUACGAGUGGAAUCUAAAAUUAAAGAAUUAUAUGAAAUAAAAAGCGUAUGUAUAAAUCAAUGCAAAUAUAGAGCUAUAUCGCGCAUGCAGACAGACACACAAAUGUGUGUAUGUGUGUGUGUUCAUAUGAAUAACUGUGUGAGACAUGGCCCCACUGUUUGUAUUUUUGGCUACACAACAUCAGUAAGCAAACCACACACAGACACACCAUUUUUAUACACAUUUGCUCACUCAGUCUCACACAUACACACAGUCACACACACAGACACACACACACACCCCUUUUAUACAAGUGUGUUUCCUCGCACUGUUUUAUCCUAGUCCUUCUUUCACUUCACACUCUCCUUUCCCCCAAACACUAAUUCAAACCCCUGUGUACUAAACGUCCCUUACACCUGUGUGUGUGCGAGUGUGAAUGUGUGUGUGUGUGUGUGUGUGUGUGUGUGUGUGUGUGUGUGUGCGUGUGCGCGUGCGUGUGUAUGCGUGCGUGUGUGCAAGUGUGUGUGUGUGUGUGACUGUUCAAUGCUUGUUUCACUCUAGACACUCACCCCCCACCCACUCCAACACACAAACACUAGUGCAAUGAUAAUGGCUUUAUUAUGAUUUAUUUGGAAUAAUCAUGGUUUUCAUUAUUCUGUUAAUUUCAGGUGCAAUACGUCUAUACGGCACGUGCCUUUUCAGCUGCUUAUUGUGUUUAUUAACAACAAAAAAAAAGCUCCAAACAUCAGAGCCUCUGACCAGUGGGAAUUUGCCUUGCUUACAAAGGUCAAAGGUGAACAGGGCCCUGGAACAUGGGCCGGUGCCUCCAACCACGUCUGUAUGAAUCCAAAAAGUGGGCUGUUGUGUAAAAGGGGCCCUUGCUUGGUGCCCUAAUCUUUGAGGCCACACAGCGGAUGAUUCUCUCAUUUCUGUUUUCUUUCUAUAGAGACCUCACUCAUUCUAAUUAACAUGUGCCUAUGUUAUUUCGUUGCAUGACUGGGGAUGCUGACUUUAUUUGCUGAGAAUAAUCAAAAAUAAAGCAAGAGAUUUUUUGUUUUGUUUUAUUUUUAUUAUAAUUUUUUUCGGUUGUUGCUGUUGUGGAAUGAAAUGGUGUGUUGCACAAGAGUGUGGCCAUGGGGAGAGUCACGGACAGACUGCCUUCAUUUGAGCACGAAACCUUUUUCCAACAAUAAAGCAGCCCUCCAAUUA